UGGCACUGAGAGAGAUAGAGAGAGAGACAAAAUAGAGUGAGCCUUUGUGUUCUUGUAGGUGUUUUUAAGGUUAUCCUUUUUUUCUACUUCUUAGGUUCCGGACUUUAGGCUAAGAGAAAAGGCGGGGGUGCUCUUUCUCUGUUUCUCCUCUGUUUUUUUUUUUCUUUCUUGGAUUUUUUUGGGUGUAGUUGAUCUUUAAAGGAUAAAGCUUUUGAGUAUCUCCAAGGUAUCCAUUACAGAGACAAAGCAUAACACAAAAAGGGUAUUCGAGUUUCUUUCUCUGUUUAUGUGUGUUGUUGUGCUUUUAAAUCGGGGUUUUAAGGUUUUAAGAGAGGUGGUGGUUCUGGUAAAAGCUGAGAACUUUUGAGUGGAUAUUACAGAGAGAAAGAGAGAUUGUGUGUGUUUUUAGUUUAAAUGGGAACAAGAGCAGAACGUAAUAAGGAAGAUUUUGGUGGUGGGUUCGGAUUUGGAGUUGUAGAACACUCUCAUAAAGACGUUAUGGUACUACCCCAUCAUCAUCAUCAUCAUCAAUAUCCAUCAUAUUCAUCGCCUUCCUCUGCUUCCUUGUGUUACUAUUCCGCUGGUGUUGGCGAUUCCAUGUUCUCUGCUUCAAGCAAUCAGUCAUACACUUCUUCUCUUGGGGAAAUGUUUUCCCUCGCCGGUUCUAAUUCUGCUGCUGUUUCAGUUGCAGACCCUUUUUUCACCUUGAGCUCUUCAGGGGAGAUGGGAAGAAGUAUGAGUGAAAAGGAAGGUGCAGCUUUCAGUGAAGCUCAAUGGCAAGAGCUUGAGAGGCAGAGGAAUAUAUAUAAGUACAUGAUGGCUUCUGUUCCUGUUCCUUCUGAGCUUCUUACACCCAUUCCCAAGAACCCAUCAAACACUAACAAUUCAGAUGUGACAGUGGCAGUGGCGAAAGGUAGUUCAUUGAAGCUAGGGAUUGCUUCAAACGCAAUCAACAAUGCAGCUGAUAUGGAGCCGUGGAGGUGCAAAAGAACAGAUGGCAAGAAAUGGAGAUGCUCUAGAAACGUGAUCCCUGAUCAAAAAUACUGUGAGAGACACACUCACAAGAGCCGUCCUCGUUCAAGAAAGCCUGUGGAAUCAUCUCACCACAAUGACUUUCGUGCCGCUAAAAACGAUACUAACCAGUUAGCUAAACCAUAUCCCCAGUUUUACGGACAACCCGUAAGCCAGUUCUCUGUGCCUUGUGCUCUUCCCUCUGCUUCCUCUUCAUAUGAUCAUCACAGAGAAUUCAGGUGGUUUAUGAAAGAAGGCGAUGCCAUUGCAACUUUAAGUCCGGCGAUUCAUGAAGCUGCACAGGUGAAGGUUGGAUCAAGCAGAGAGCUCAAACGCGGAUUCAACUAUGAUCUGAAUUUCAGGCAGAAGGAGCCAUUAGUCGACCAAAGCUUUGGAGCAUUGCAGGGUCUAUUGAGUCCAAACCAGACACCUCAUAACCAAGAGACAAGGCGGUUUUUCGUAGAACGGGAUCAAGAUGAAGCAAUGGGAAGCUCUCUGACACUAUCAAUGGCUGGAGGAGCCAUGGAGGAAGCAGAGGGAACAAACCAGCACCAGUGGAUUAGCCAUGAAGGGCCAUCAUGGCUCUGUUCAACAACACCAGGUGGACCAUUGGCUGAAGCAUUGUGUCUUGGUGUCUCCAACAACCCAAGUACUAGUAAUACUAGUAGCUGCAGCAGAAGCUCAAGCUAAAAAUAAAAAUGACUUUGAGCUGUGUUGUGUUGUUUUACAAGUCAAAAACCGUUUUUUUAUAUAUUA